AGUUGACAGUCAGCCCUGGUGGUGGGGAGAGAGUGAAAUCUUGUGAAGCUGCUCUCCUCUCGCAUCAGCUACUGGACCACAAUGUCCAAACCGAAGUUUCAGACGGAGUGGGAGGAAAUAGACGAGGAAUAUCAACAAUUACAGGAAACUCACAAAAUCUACAGACAGAAGCUCGAAGAGCUCACCAACCUUCAGACAACAUGCAGCGGUGCCAUCAGUAAACAGAGGAAAUGCCUGAAAGACUUGAGGUGCAGCCUGUCCAAGGGUUCACAAAUAUGUGACGAGAAAGAAUUGGAACUAAUAACGGAUAUCAGAUUACAAAUUAAAGAAAAAGAAAACGUGUUUUUUGAUAUGGAAGCAUACUUGCCAAAGAGAAACGGGCUGUACCUGAAUUUGGUCCUCGGCAACGUGAACGUAACGCUUCUCAGCAACCAGGCAAAGUUUGCCUACAAAGACGAGUAUGAGAAGUUCAAGCUUUAUAUGACGAUAAUCCUGAUGUUCGGAGCAAUAACCUGCCUCUUCUUGCUCAACUAUCGAGUCACUGAUGAAAUCUUCAACUUUUUGCUGGUGUGGUACUACUGCACACUGACCAUAAGGGAAAGCAUCCUCAUGAGCAACGGCUCCAGGAUCAAAGGUUGGUGGGUGUCUCACCAUUACGUGUCCACCUUUCUGUCGGGUGUGAUGCUCACCUGGCCAGAGGGGCCCAUGUACCAGAGGUUCAGAAGCCAGUUCCUCGCCUUCUCCAUCUAUCAGAGCUUCGUUCAGUUCCUCCAGUAUUACUACCAGAGCGGCUGCUUAUACCGGCUGCGGACUUUGGGGGAGAGAAAUCAGCUGGACCUCACAGUGGAGGGAUUUCAGUCCUGGAUGUGGAGAGGCCUCACUUUCCUUUUGCCAUUCCUCUUUUUUGGCCAUUUUUGGCAGCUCUACAACUCGGUGACCCUGUUUCGCCUGGGAGGACUUGAGGACUGUAAGGAGUGGCAAGUAUUUAUGCUGGCACUGACAUUUCUCGUCCUGUUCCUGGGGAAUUCUCUCACCACUUUAAAAGUCGUCCACCAAAAGCUUCAGAAAAACCAGGAAAAAAUGCAAAAAAAUGACUGAGACAAAAAAAAACAACCCCUCCUCAGAUCCUUCCAGACGGCCAGUAAUAUUUGAAGCAACGCGCCCGCAGUACGAUCAGGCCGGGAGAAGACAAAGCUGAAACCACUCUUUCUCUCAGGCUUUGAUGGCAGCAGCAGCAUCCAGCCUAAGUAUCUGGCCCCCCACCCCCCACACGGGCUUCUGCUUUCUAAUGACUCUGCAUUGGUGUUGCUGCACAGUAAGUCACAACACAAAGUGGUGUUCACCUGGUAGACGGAACGGUUUGUCGAUUUAUCCUGUACAUAAAAAGUGAGCAGGAAGAGUGUGUUUGUGUCUGCGCAUGAGUCCGUCAGAGGGCCUUUUUCUUCAAAUCAUAUGCAACCGAAAGAGGGCCGGUAGCGUCGAUCAACGGAACAGAAUAUAGUUUGCCUUUUGAAGACCUAACGUCUGUCAUGUACUUCAAACCUGUCCAUGUACCGUCUCUGGCUUUGGACACGAUCAACUUGGCACGUCGUUUCUAGAAUGAUGUUAUGUGUAGUUGUGAACUCCCUGUCGUGCUAUUUCACUGCUAACAAGUGUUUUUUUUACAAGACUUGUAGGUCGACAACUUCAAAAAUAACAACUUGAUACUUGACUGCCUUUCAAUUUCAAAAACAAAUCUUCUGGUGUCUUUUUUUUGGUUCCUCAAAAGAGUAAGGACUUCAAGGGAAUGCAACACUUUCUCCCUUCUGGCAGCGGUUGCAAAAGCCAUAACUUUAUUAUUUAUUUUUUUACAAUCUUAAUGCCUAAACUGGGUUACCUGAACACAGACAUAAACACGUAUACUGUCUCUACAAAAAACAACAGUUGUUUCCUGUGAGGAUUCAGGAGGUUUUCAUGGGACCUCCUCACUAACACUUCUAUGUUCUCAUUAACUUAAUGCUAACUAACUGUAAUGUCUGUUUAUCUGUUUCACUAAUGGUCUAACUCUUCAAGUUUAUCACAAAGCCAUGCACAGAGGUUUCUCAUUACUGUGCUGAAACGAAGAACAUGCUGGUAGUUCCCAUCUUGUUACGUGAUGUUGCAGAAAAGUAUCAAAUACUGCUGUUAGUGCUGGUACUGUGAGACCGAGACACAGACUGAUUGAAACUGUGCUCGGUUAUUGUUUUUUCCAAUCAACGUACGAAAUAAAAUAUCUGUAUGAAUUAA